GACUAAUUCUCUUCGCAGCGUCCCCUCAGUUUAUUGUGGAUGUUCGCGACGAGAGCGCCAUGCUGGGAUUUGCUGCAGACUGCGGUCUCGGGUUCACGAGGAGAACAAAUUUCCUGAAGUGGACAGCAAUAUGGAAGAGAUGUUAAUGCUGUCCUCGCAGAGUCCUCUUUCCUUGCUUGUGAAGUUUGGAAUAAUGGGGUGGAAUGACAGUUGUGCGGAAAACUGUUCUGGACAUGGGGAAUGUCACAAUGGGACAUGUCUUUGUGAGAUUCAGUUUGAUGGGAAAGACUGCCAUGUGCCAAACCUCAGUUACUUCGUUGCAUUUGCGACCGUUUUCUUCCUGCUUGCAUUUGUGUGCCUUGUGCAGCUAGUAAUGUGCAUUGUAGCAGAAUGGCAGCGCAUGAAGGCCCCAUCCUUUCUUCGCGCCUGCCGAAUAACUACACAGAAGCUGUUAUACUUUGUAGUCUUCUUGGCUGCUGUCAUUAGGGGUGCAUACUUCACUUCUCCAACUGCAUUUGAAGAGGGGUGGUCAAGUAGCCUAAUGAGUGCUUACUACCCCCUUGUUCUUUCUGGUGCAUCCCUCAUUGUCUGUUUCUGGGCUGAGGUGUUCCAUUUGCGAGACAUCAGCUGGGAGAGGCCGCAGUUCCUGUCCAAGUCCUUUUUGGGCUUUGUAACAUUUAACAUUAUAAAUUAUUCCCUGUUACUGGCGGAGUUUAUUACAACUCAGUUUACACAUCCGACAUCAGAACAAAAGAAUUUCUAUACAAACCUUUUCAAUGGUUGCUAUGCCUUCCUGUUGUUCAUUGUUGUGAUAUUUUUCCUCAUUUACGGCGUAGAAGUCUUCUUUAAGAGGGAUGUGUUAGCAAGAUACAAUACUUUAAACAACGAUGAGGCAAACACAAAAACACAACCAGUGGAGUCGUUCGAGCUCCGCGCUGGCUUUCUGAGUGGGGAGCAAGUUACAACUAUAGCAGCAUCCAGUCGAACACCUGCAGGAGAACGAGGUGAUGGGCCGGCAUCUACACGGCUAGUGGAUGCGGAUGCAGACGGAAACACCAGCACUUCUGCAGACACAGAUCCAGAUGCUGAUGCACGCCUGUCAGCUGCCUCUAGCCCCUCUCUGCCAUUGCAACAGAAAGUGGACAUCUCACAGCUGCACCAGUCACGCAUUGGCCUGCUCUCUCAAGCACUCAUGCUUAGCAUUGUUGUAGGCUUCCUCUUCAGUGAGACACUGUCAGAAUUGUGGAAGAAAAAGGUUCCACUUGUAAGCCGCAACUGGCACGACAUUGUCUUCAGAGUUGUGGAGAUAGGCGUGGCACUCUGGUUUCCGUGUGUUUUGUGGAACUGCAUGAGCCCAGAGCAGUUAUGGAUUUUGAACCCAAAAAGAAUUUUGAAGAAAUUGGAAGCCGAGCAGCAACUGUCAUCACAGCCUGGUUGCCGACUUGAAACGCCUCCAAAGCCAGAUGGUGAGAGCGUAUCGGGGCAGGACUGUUGGAUUUGUUAUGAUACUGAUCGCCGAGAUGCUGGCCCUCUGAUACAGCCUUGCGACUGUCGUGGAGAUGUCAGCACAGUACAUCACGACUGCUUAAGGCGCUGGCUGGUUGAGAGUUCUGUGAAUUCAGACUCCUUGAAAUGUAAAGUAUGUGGUGCAGCAUAUCAAGUGGAGCGAGGAAGCCGCCUCGACUGGCAGCACGGAUUCACCACAAAGCACUGGCUGCAGACAGCUGCCACAGUGACCUGUAUGUGCCUGUCUGCAGCAGGAGCCUGGGUCACCAUCCAGUUGUUUGAAGACUCUGCUAUACGGAUGCUUGCUGCUGGAGCUGCACUGCUCGUACAGUAUGCGUGUGUCAGAUUCCUUGGGUUGAAUACAGUCGUGGCGUAUCAACGUGCAAAGGUAUCGGCACUAAACAUCAUGGGAGGACAUGUGUCUACAAUCAGUGAGACUGUAGCUGUUGAUAUACCCAAUCGUGAUAGAGAGAGACAACAAGCCAGUAUAUGAGAAACGAACACAGGUGAUAAAUGUGGCUCUGCAUUUCUGCGGUGUGGUUGUGACAGAAGAGGACUUUUCUUGCCAUGAUAUGUAAAUAGACAUAUGGAUUGAAAAGUAUUGUACUCCAGUUCAGCAAUAAGAAAUGUGUGCAUGUGAUGACUUGCUGUAUGUGGACAGUAAUAAACAACAGUUUAUGUAUGUGUAAAACCAAAGAAUAGUGGUAGUAGCGUAUUGUCGAUUUCAAUAACAUUUAAGAUUUUUGUUAUUGUAUGUAGAAAAUAGAGAAGAGUGCAGAAGUUGCAGGGACAGAAGGGUCGAAAGAUAAAUGCACACAUUUAAAUUUUAAAAAAGAAUGUUUCUUAUAAAGUAAACAUCACACAUUUCAGAUUGAUAUUGUACAAUAAUUUCCUGAAAGCAUUAUUCAGUGCUACAGUUGGUUUAAAAUAUAGUUGUAUAUAUAUUUAUAUUUGUCAGUUUGUCAUAAAAAGACAUUAAAAUUAUUUGUUUAUACACCAUGAAUUAAGUGAAUUUGGGGUGAACAGGAGAGGGUUUAGUUUCACUAGUAUGUUUUUAGCUAUCCCUGUCAUUGUAUAUUGAAUUAUUAAAAAGCACAGAUCAUUAUUGAAAUGAAAUCUGAAAUAAAAUAUUACUAGUUUUACCAGGCAUUAUUACCUACAAGAUAACUUAUUCUAAUUUACAGUGUGUGUUUAUUUGUCUGUAUGUUAUUCCAACAUCAGGAGUUUUUUGUGCCAGCUGAUGGAGCUGGCUACUUUGUACUUAACAAUCUUGUCAGUCGCUAAAUGGGACAAUCUUUCUUUGAGUCAUAAAUAUAGCUGUGUAAUAUGUAAUAUGUUAUAUGUACAAAUGUGUUAAUAAUUUUAUCUUUAAUAAUCAUAAAGUAAUAAGGUGAAAUUGUCUGCAUUGAAUUUAAUUUCUUUUCACAACUUUAUUUCUUCACCUCAUGUGUUAACUGUUUCACAUGAGAGUGAUUUGCAUAAACAUAUUAUUUGUAAGAAUAAUAAACAGUGAGUUUGAUGUCUACAGUAUGAAACUAGUGUGUACCUGAAAGUAUUGUGCGCCUUUGCCACAAUCCGAUUUGAGUGUUAUGAACUAUUAAGAAUUUUCAUAAUCCUGUGAGGAAACAGCCCACUACACUGUUUGUUUUAUAGUAUUAUUUUGGAAUUUUAUGAUUUAAAUGCCUUGCUGUUGUAUCAUUUAAGACUGUUAAUCUUUCACAAGAAAUGAAAAUAUAUUUUUAAGACCUGUACUAUAUAUAAAAACUUUAAAAGGCCUCAAGUAUGGAAUUUUGACUGAAGACAUUUUGGGAUGUAUAAUGAAAGUAUAAAUACUGAAAUACUGCCAGAUUUUUAAAAAAAAGUGCUGAGGUUGUAUAAGAUGUUUUAUUGAAAUGUCCAUCUGUAUAGCAGAGGGCGUCAUUUUUCAAAGGCUUGAUAGGGAAGAUAUCUAAUUAUUGUUUUGUACAAGAAUUUUACGUAUAUAAGCAAUAGUACUGCAAGUGUUUUUAAUUAAAAGAGUCAUGAAAUCUUUUGAUGGUUUUGAAAUUUUACAGAAAAAUUAAAAUGAGAUUCUUGAAUAAUCAGUAGAAAUUUCAGAUAUCAGUAAUUACAAAAAUGCUUUAUAAAAGUGUAUGUGUUACAUAGGAAACUGAAGUUGAAAUUAUGCUCUAGCUAAUAUCAAUAUUGACUAUCUAAUGUUCUUACUAGACCAUUAUCUCUUUGAUAUGACGUUAAAUAAUGAACUCGUGCAAAAACACCAGUCUAAUCUUCUAGGAAAAAGAAAAUAAAUAUAAUUUUAUUGCA